CCGUCUCCCGCAAGACUGGCUCCAGGGUCAGUAGGAUGUUCUCAAUGUCCCACAAGUCCCCACCACCCAAGGUGCCUCAGCCCAACCGCCUGGACGAGGUGUACGAAGCUCUCAAGAAGGGCCUGACAGCCUACCUGGAGGUACACCAGCUGGAACUGGAGAAGCUCAGCACCCAGAUCCGCGAGUCCAAGAGGAAUUCACGCCUGGGCUUUCUCUACGAUCUGGAUAAGCAAGUGAAGUCAAUCGAGCGCUUCCUGCGUCGCCUGGAGUUUCAUGCUAGCAAGAUAGAUGAGCUCUACGAGGCUUAUUGCAUCCAACGGCGGCUCCGCGAUGGAGCCCACAACAUGGUCAAGGCCUCGCCGGGCAGCCGGGAGGCACGCGAGAGCCUGGCCGAGGCCAGCAAGGGCUACAAGGAGUACACAGAGAACAUGUGUCUGUUGGAGAACGAGCUGGAGAGCCAGCUGGGCGAGUUCCAUGUCCGGAUGAAAGGACUGGCAGGCUUUGCCCGGCUCUGUGCUGGUGACCAGUAUGAGAUCUUCAUGAAGUACGGACGGCAGCGGUGGAAACUGCGGGGGCGCAUCGAGGUGAACAGCAAGCAGGUGUGGGACAGCGAGGAAAUGGUUUUCUUGCCCCUUGUCACCGAGUUCCUCUCCAUCAAGGUGACAGAGCUAAAGAGCCUGGCCAACCACGUUGUGGUGGGCAAUGUGUCCUGCGAGACCAAGGACCUCUUUGCGGCUCUGCCCCAGGUAGUGGCUGUGGAUAUCAACGACUUGGGCACCCUCAAACUCAGCCUGGAGGUGACCUGGAACCCCUUCGACAAGGACGACCAGCCCUCAGCAGCCAGCACCGUCAACAAGGCCUCCACGGUGAACAAGAGGUUCUCCACUUACAACCAGAGCCCGCCUGACACGCCGUCCUUGCGGGAACAGGCUUUCUACAACAUGCUGCGGCGCCAGGAGGAUCUGGAGAAUGGCACGGCCUGGUCCAUCUCCUCCGAGUCCUCGGACGACUCCUCCAGCCCCCAGCUGUCCGGCAGCGCCCGCCAUGCCACGCACCAGCCCAUCGGGCAGCCCGAGGUGCAGGCCUCUGCCCCCGCCAUCGAGAUCUCCUUCUCCCAGCAGCCGGAGGAGGCUGAGGCCAGGCCCGGGGCUGGCGUCGUCGGCAUCCCACCCACCGAGAGCCAGCCGGAGGAGCCGGGCAGCCGUAAGAAGGAGGCAGCUGACGGGGCCGAGCCAGUGCAGAGCCAGGCGCCGGCACAGGGCGGUUGCGGCACCGGGGUCCCCGCGGUGCUGGCACAAGCCUCCACAGAGGAGAGGCCCAUCCCGGCCCCGCCGCUGCCUGCCGGCAUCCCCGAGGUGUCACGGGGGAAGGCGGUGGAUUCUGGUCUGGAGGAGGCCAUUGGCCUCCUGGGCUCAGCCCUGGACGACUAUCGGGGGCAGUUCCCAGAGCUGCAGCCUCUCGAACGGGAGCUCAAGCGCCUGGAGGAGAUGCUGCUGCAGAAGCAGGGCGUCUUCCUCAGCCGGGCCUCCAGCAUCAGCCUGACGGUGGAGCAUGCACUGGAGAGCUUCAGCUUCCUCAACACCUCCGACAUGGAGGACUCGGAGGGCUCCGAGGAGGAGCCUCUCCAAGACGAGAGGAGGGCUGGCAGACACCGGCGUGGCAGCAGGGCCCCCAGCGCCAGCGAGACAGGGGCAGAUGACACCGGCAUGUGCAGUGGCUCCGAGGCCAGCACCGACCCCAUGAGCACUGGCAACGAGUUCCUGGAUAAGGCCCUGGUGCUUCACCUGAACAACUGCAACCUCUUGCUGCUGAAGCUGGGCACCUUCGGUCCCCUGCGGUGCCGGGAGAUGUACGCCCUGGACAGGCUGCUGCGGGAGGCGCAGGUGCUGGAGAUCGUGUGCCAGCUGACGGAGGAGCGAGCGGGAACAGCCGGCUCUGCCACCGAAGUGGUGCAGUUCUCGACACGGAAGGAGGGCGUGCUGCCCCUUUGGGACCGUUGCGUGGAGGUGCCCAACGUCUACACCUGCCCCGUGGAGCGGUUCCUGCAGGUGCUCAGCACCCAGUAUGCGGCACCCAUCAGCGAGCGGCACCCUGGCCUGGCUGAUGCCGUGUGUGUGAAACUGGUGGAGGAUGUGCUGAAUCGGCGGCUGCCGCGGUGCCCCAUCUUCCAUUGCUGGAGCCACUUUGAGUCGCUUGGUGCCCUGGUGCUCGACACCUACGUGAUGGAGCUGGCAGAGGAAGCGCUGCUGGCGCAGAACCUCAACUCGGACGACCAGGACGUGGUGCUGCGUGCCCUGAAGCGCGUGCCCGAGGGCCGCCUGAAGAAGGAGGGACUGAAGGCGCUGAGCCUGCUCCUCGUGGAGGGCAACAGCAAGGUGGUGAGCGCCGUGUCGGCCAAGGAGAGCAUCGAGCAGCUGGUUUACCUGUGCCAAACCGACAAGGAGCCUGUGCGGGAGGCAGCCAAGCAGAGCCUGAUGCUGUGCGGGGAAGAUGGUAAAUCAGCUCACCGGCGGCUGGAGGGGGCCCCGGAGAUUGGGCACCUCUUGGUGCGGGUCUCAUCACCGAGCCACGAUGGAUCAGACUCAGAGAACAGUUGA